ACUCACCUUACCUGGACGUUCCCUAAUUUUCCAAGCCCGCCAGUUUCAAAAAAGAAUUAUCACACCUCCACAAUCACAAGCUGUGCUUAUGGAGAAUUUUGAGACAGAAAUAACAGAAAACCAUUUGAUAGGUAUACAGCUUAUAAAUGGUGGUAGGACUGAAACUCAGACCUGUCUUGGUGUUGUCAUGGUAGCCAAGAAUGAAGAUUUAUCCCUGCACAGCUUAAGAGAUCUAAUGUGUAGUCAAGUUACAGCUUUACCAGAGACUUUCAUAUUCUGUACAAAGCAGGGUUGGAAUAUAAACUGGAACUUAGAAAACUCAGUUUUUGUAAAACAAAUUGUAUCAGAAGAGUGCUCAUUAUUUAUACAGAGAUAUUUUGAGAUGCCAUGUAUUGGAAUAAGACAAAGGUCUGGAGAAAAUCUUGGUAUGGUGUUUGUUGAUCUUCAUUGUGUUUUAUAUAUGAUAGUUUAUUGA